CCCCCGUCCUCUCCAGACAAGCCGGUAGUUGAACCAACCGAUCCCAUCCCAAUUCUUUCUUUCCCUAUCGAAGCCACCCUUUCUGCAAAAACUCUUUUCCCCCACCGCUCUCCUCGCGAUUCUAGGUUGUGGGUCACCCCCCAUUUUUCCCCCUCCGCCCGAGAAGAUGAUACAGCUCCUGUACACCGUGAUCGCCGCCGAGAUGGCGCUGAUCCUGACCCUCCUGUUCAAGACCCCUCUCCGGAAGCUGGUGAUCAUGGCCCUGGAUCGGGUCAAGCGCGGCCGGGGCCCCGUCAUGGUGAAGACGGUCGGCGUCACGUUGCUGGUCGUGCUCGCCUCCAGCCUGUACAGCAUGGUGAAGAUCCAGCGGCGCACCGUCGAGGCCGGCCUCCUCAACCCCACCGACCAGGUCCUCAUGUCCAAGCACAUGCUCGAGGCCUCUCUCAUGGGAUUUGUGCUAUUUCUGUCUUUGAUGAUUGAUAGAUUGCACCAUUACAUAAGAGAACUGCGUUUGCUUAGAAAGACCAUGGAGGCAGCCAAGAAACAGAGUCGAGGCAUUGACGAGGGGAAAAAUGGCAGUGCAGAGGAGGUCAAAGGCUUGAAGGAAGAGAUUGCCACUCUGAGGACAAAACUGAAUAAGCUGGAAAAUGAAUACGAGACCAAAGACAAAGAAGCCAAGACAGCUGAAGCUGAAGCCGAGGCUCUGAAGAAACAAUCCGAGGGCUUACUCCUAGAGUAUGACCGCCUGCUUGCAGACAACCAAAGCCUUCGAAGUCAGUUGGAGUCUAUUGAUCUCUCCUUGUCCAAUUCUGAUGGCAAGAAGAACACCUAACAAAGGGUUUUGUUGGAGCAGGCGAUUUCUUGAUCUUGUUUGAUGAGUGUUUUCUAAUAGAGAAAUAGUUUUCGACAGGGAAGACUGCAUGGCUGUCGUGUUGAAUCUGUCUGUACAAAGAGAAGAACAAGACCUUGCGAUGAGUUUUGUAAACUUGUUGGUUUAGGACGGAAAUCAGGGUUGUACUAGGUACUUACUCUGAUCAUUCCUUAUAUUUCUAAUCGCUAUAGCAUGGCAGCAGAUGGGAUUCUCAAUUGCCUGCGAUCCAUUCUGUCUUGUAUAAUUCAAAGAAGCGAAGCUGGUAAGCUAUGUUUUAUUGCAAUUA